UAGCAAUCAGGCUCCCUGAGCUUGACAGGAUGAUAUGAUGGAUGUCUUUCCCUCCACAGAGCUUGCCCUCCAUCCUGGUGUUACACUGGCGGUCUUCUACGCCAAUGGCCGUUGGCGGACCAUGGGAUAUACUGGGCUAGUCGAGAACCGGAGAAGGGAUUGGGUAGAGACCUUCUCCGUACCCGAUUCCGAGUGGAGCAGGACGCUACUAGACACUGGAAUCAUGUCGUUGAUAAUUCAAGGCGGGCAAUGGACCUGGGGGACGAAAGGUAUAGGUCAAUCUGGCGGAUGGAUCACUUUCUGUCUUUCUUUUUUCGGUCCAUUCCAUUUUUUAUUCCUUCUUAUUCCUAUCCUGAUGUUGAUUUUUAUUUGAUUUUUUUCUGUCUUUCCCCAUUGUGGCUUGUCGUGCUUCUGGGCGGUCCCUGCGAUUCGAUGCUCUAGCUUCUUUUUGUUCUGUCGGACAGACCUUCUCGAAGCAUUAUCCGCAUCUUGAUAGCAGACGCCGUGAGUGGACGACGAGCAAUCAAUAAAUGAGGGGAUCGACCUCGGACAAAAGUUAUGGACGGCUGAGCGACUUCCUAACUACCUCGAGGGUCAACCAC